CUCUCAAAAUGGCUACUCUUUCUGAAGAAGAAACAAUAAUACACGAGAGAUUCCUCCAGUUGAAGUCAGCGGCCCUCACCCUACUAGAGGAGGGAGGGGGAAGGCUCUCAGACCAGAGGCUGGUUCGUUUAGGCUAUGACUGUCUCUUGGACUCGCUGGAGUCCGUUUAUAAGGAGUGCAGCAGCUCUGCCUCCCUCUCCAAGGACAAAUAUGUAUCCCGGUUUCUGAAGAAAUAUAAACCAGUUAUGGAAGACUUUGAUAAACUCAGGCUAAAAGAAACUGAUUUCAUUACGAAAGGAAUAAUUGGACAAGGACACUUUGGGGAGGUGCGUGUUGUUCAAGAGAAGACCACUAGUCAGAUUUAUGCUAUGAAGAUAAUGAAAAAGACCCACAUACUGCAACAAGCUGAUGCUACCUUCUUUAUUGAGGAGAGGGACAUCAUGGCCCUUGGUAACAGCCAGUGGCUCACCAAACUCCAUUAUGCCUUCCAGGAUGAGAAGUGUUUGUAUCUAGUGAUGGACUAUCACCCAGGAGGUGACCUGUUUACAGUGAUGGAGAGGAAAGAGAUGGGGAUGACUGAAGGAGAAGCUUGCUUCUAUACAGCAGAGAUCAUAUGUGCUCUUCAUGAUCUCCACCAGUUGGGGUUUGUUCAUCGUGACGUCAAACCUGAUAACGUCUUGAUCACAAGAUCAGGUCAUAUCAAGUUAGUUGAUUUCGGAUCAGCAUCAAGACUGGAUGAAAAUGGGAAAGUGGUUGAUUACACUCUUCCUGUGGGUACUCCGGAGUACAUCAGCCCUGAAGUACUGACCAGUCUUGAUAAGAAGUUAACGUACGGGGUCUCCUGUGACUGGUGGUCAGUCGGUAUCAUAAUGUACGAGCUACUCUUCGAGGUGACUCCUUUUGAGGGAAGCACCACUGCUGAGACCUAUGCUAACAUCAUGAGUUACCAGACUAGUUUACAGAUCCCUGAGGAAUUGUCUCCAGAGGCUCGUAGUUUGAUAGAGUCCCUUUUAGUGAAGCCAGAGAAGAGACUGGAGUAUCCUGACAUCGUGAAGCAUCCAUUCUUCAAACAAGUGGACUGGAACAACAUUGCAUCAAUGACCCCUCCCUUUGUCCCAGUUAUUAAAGGUCCUACUGAUACAUCUAAUUUUGAUUCUUUUGAUCCAGUGGAUGAUCCUGCUGAUGCUAACAUGACUUAUAAAAGCUCCCGUUCCUUCACUGGCCGAGAACCUGCCAUUCAUUGGGUUCAGCUACACCAACUGGUCAUCAUACCACACUGGAGUAGAGGCACCUCAUAAUAUUGGUAUUAAUGAACCUGAUGAUGUUCAUGCUGUGUUAAAGAAAUGUCGAGAAGAAUUGAGAGCAGCCAAUGAA